AAAGCAGAAAAACUUUGAAGAGAGGUGGCAAUAGAGAAACCCUAAUCAGAAGAGAAGAGAAGAGAAGAUUGAGAGUUAGGGUUUAAGCUUGAUCAGAUCGGAAAAGGCAUCAUGUUUCCAGGGAUGUUCAUGCGGAAGCCAGACAAAGCUGCAGCACUGAAGCAGCUGAAAUCUCACGUUGCCAUGUUCGGCGCAUGGGUUGUUGUUAUUCGAGUCACCCCUUACGUUCUUCAUUUUCUCAGUGGCGAGAAAGAAGAACUCAAGCUCGAGCUUUAACUUCUUGCUCUUCCUCGCCUGUGCAUCUUGAGGAGUAGGACGGGUCCUGGGGCUCGUGACAAUCAUGGAGUAAUGUUGUUAUAUAACUCUUGAAAUUGAGGCCAGGAUGGUAUUUUUAGUUUAAUUACAUUUCCUUUUUGUAUUUGGAAUGUAAGUUUGUUUGGAUUAUUGGUUAGAAAAUAUACAUAUUCAAUAAUCAAUUAUAUUGUUAUAAUUGAUUCUACCAAAAAUGUGACUUUUAAGCUAAA